AUGUUAGAUGAGGAAAAUUCUGAGGACGAAUUGAACGCAGCGUCGAUAGGCCUGUUUUUAUCUGGGCGGGUUUUGAAAGGAAGAUUUCUGCACCACAUGCGAAGCUCUGGUGAAAGUUGCAUUCUUCCCGGAAGACGGAAACUGCAAAACAUGUACCCUGAGCCGACUUGUAAACCAUUCAUGAUAGCCAUAGAUGAUGGCCAGUUAGCGCAAGCAGACAAAGCGGCAGUAGUGAAACCGAUGCUUCAU